UGCGAUAAGUGCGCAUGCGUGAGAGCUGAUUGGAGCACUUGCAGAGACCGCCUAUACGAACGACUUCUUUAUCACAUUCAGCCAGCUCUUGACGCAUGCGCAUUUAUCGCAUAUAUGUCCAUAUUGUUUUGGCGGGAAAAUAAUCUCACGUCGCGCUGAAUUUUGGUCGGAAAAAAUUUUCACUGUCCCUAAUUCGACCCUCAAGAGUCGACUGAUGUGCUCAGAAACCUCGUCAAAAAUGCAUAUUUUAUAAUAUGUAUUGUCUGUGUUAAUCACACGAAUUCAGUCGAUCGAGCUUUCCGCAACUGCGCGUGUCUACCUUUCUUAAACAAAUUAUUUCGCAGACUAUGUUGUCUACUCCAAACAAACAGUUUAGCAUUGAGGUAACCAGUGACAGUACGACUGUGGCACCUCCAUUGUUGUCAACAACUACUAAAAAGUUGUUCAUUCCCCCGUGGAAAGUUCCUGAAACUAAAGCUCCAAUGGUGUUCCCAACAUGCCCUCCAUCGUGCAACAAAGAGAUGUCUCGGUUCAAUCUGGACGGCUCAUUAAAAGAUUUGGGUUCAUACGGAUUUUGGGUGGAAAUGUGUGGAAAGCUGUUCCUCUUUGGCAGAAGAUUCGUUAAUUGGGAGCAAAAUGUUGAGGAGUGUUGCAAAAUCGGAAUGACGCCGAUCGAUUUGGAGCUUGCAACAGACGUCAAGUGUAUAAAUUCUCUAAUUGGAGAUGAUGACUAUAGGAAUAGAUUCAGCAGAUAUUAUUGGACUUUUGGUUUGAGAAAGACGGAGGAAGUCGUUUCCUCAUAUUAUUGGUGCAGCAGUGGAGCAAAUAUUACUAGAAAUUGGGGAAGCGGAGGUGAGCCAAAUUACGUAAAAAAUGCUUCAGAAAACUGCGUCCGGAUGGAAUUUGGCAGAGCAACCAACAUGCUAUAUCUUUUGGACAGCAAUUGCGGACUGGUCAGCGGCCUCUCUUGCCAGGGACCGAUAAUUCCAAAAACUUGUGAUUCACCAGUUUGCCCAGUUUACACUUGCAGGAAAAGAGACGCUCUUUUUAAAACGUUGGCAGACAAAGCAACCAAGGUUUUGAUAGAUCCAUCAAAAUCCGGAAUUUGGGUUACAAACGAUACACGCCUCUUCAUGAUAAGUUACCCCAGUGAUACAAAAACUUUUGUAGAAUCGCUUGCGGCUUGUUGUGCCGUGGGAUUGAAACUGCUGAGUCUGCAUCAAGAAGUCAUGUACUCGAUUCUCGUCGGCGCUUUUAACAAUGCAAGCAUCCGAGGGGAGAAAUUCUGGACCGCAGCCACAGACCAAGGAUGCAAGAAGAAUUUCGGUUUCUGCUCCACAAACAGACUUGUCCGCGAUAAUGCUAGAUGGGCGAGUGAACAGCCCGAUUUGUCAACCUCAAACGGAACUUGUCUGGCCGUUUCCUCAGACGGACUUCUGCACGAUGAAUUGUGCAACACAAAGAUGAGAUACGUUUGCGAGGGGAGAGCCCAAAUUCCGUCUUUAUUGGACGCUGUUGAAAGAGAAUGUGCUGCCGAGUUUAAACUGACGAGAAGUGAAGUAAAAGCCCUGUUUAAUUCAACGCCAGACGAAUUACGAGAAAAAUGCUUCUUGAAAUGUUACGGCGAGGGAACGGGAUUGUUCAUUGAUGGAAAUUUGGCAAUGGACAGUAUUUUUGCUGCUUUUCAACGGAUCACGUUUGACGACACAAAAAGAUUACUUGACAUGUACUCCGCAAUGGACUACUGCACCAACUCCUCGAAGGGCAUGGACGAAUGCGAUAAGUGUGGCAGUUUAUUGAAUUGCGGCCAGGAAAACUCGCCGGAGGAGUUUGAGGAAUUCGUGGAAACAGUGCAGCUGACAAUAACAGAAUCGCCUCUUAUUUUGCCACCUGUGAAAGGCGUCUGUCCUGAGUAUGAGUGCAUCAAAAAACCUGAUCAAGUGAAAUUAUUGGCUACUGCCAAAAAUUUCACGCGUUUCAUUGGCCAAGCAGUUGUACUUCCUUUUGUCCUCCAAUUAACAGUUGUGUGUAACAAGAAAUUCUACGUUUUUGCGACUAACGUGGAACGAACCUUGUCCAGAAAUCUUGCGUUUUGCUGCGACCGCGGAUACCGUAUGGCCACAAUCGACACGAAAGAAAAAUAUGACUGCAUGGUCCAGAAUAGAAUUACAACUUUUCUGAAUCUGCCCCCCGGCACGACGUUCGCAGUGGGUGCUACGCGUUUGGGAAAGUUGGAUCGGCCCUCGUGGUGCUACUCUGACACCGAAUUCGACUUUAAUCUUGCGGAGGAUUUUGUCUCAAACGAUACAUUAGAAACCAACUACGGAAUUGCGAUCAGUUUCGAGCCGCCUUUAAUAAUGAAGGCUUACGAAACUAGUUUGCAUGUUGUGUGUGAAAAAUGAACAAAAUAAAAUGAAAC